AUGACAGUCUCCAACGAACUUCAUGGACCUCCUCUACCAAACCCCGAGAAAACUCUUCACGAGGUCUUUUAUGAGAAUGUUGUCAAAUACCCGGAUGCUGUGGCCUUAGUCAGUACCCAUCAGGCACCUACUCUCUAUGGGAUUCACAGUGUCCCCAUCCGCAGCGCCGACCCCGAACCGGAAUAUCUACGAUGGACGUACAGGGACCUUGAUCGUGCUAUUCAGCAACUUGUCAUCAGUUUACGAAGUCUAGGUUUGAAGAGAGGUGACCCAUUGGUAAUGUUUAUGCCAAACACCGCCGAAUAUGUUAUUGCCACCUGGGCCACCUACCAAAUCGGCUGUUCCUACGUCCCGAUCAACCCCAAGGCUCUAUCCAAUCCGAGAGAGCUGCGACACAUGUUGGAGACCGUGACAAAAGGGUGUCAGUCAGAAUUGAUGGGAAUGAUUGCUGGAUCAUUUGAUAUGUGUGCGCACAUUGAAAAGUUGACGUCUGGGUUGAACUGCGUUAAGAUAUUGGUUGAAGGAGAUAUGGAUGGGUGGACAAAUUUCAAGGACUUGAUGAAGAAUGCAGCACCAGACUUUCAGCAAAGUCUAUGUCGAGACAACCAUUCAGAAAAUUCCGAUCGGACAAUUUUCUUCACGAGCGGAACGACAUCUCUCCCGAAAGGUUGCAUUAUGCCAUCAGCAUAUGGCUUCGCGGCCGCCUUACGCUGGCGACAAAGCAGUUCUCCUAUGCUACCUGGGGACCGGGCAUUAUUUACAUUGCCAAAUAACCACGGCUUUGGCUGGCUUUGUAUUAUAGGCCCAUUUCUUAACGCAGCCACAGUUGUGCUCCCAGGACCGAGGUUCAUUCCGGAGGCUGUAACAAAAGCCAUCCGAGAGGAGCAAGUGAGCCACGCUGGAUUGGUGCCAACCAUGCUGCAUGCUCUGAGCAAUGUAUCGCUUGCAUCUGGGAAGCUGAGCUCUCUUAAGCGAAUUGUGAUGGGAGGCUCUAUCCCAACCGAAGAGGUCUUCCGGAUCUGCCUGAACACCUUGGGUGCAUCGGGAGUGGAGAAUCUUUAUGGUAUGACCGAGGGCAUCCUUGUUUCUUCCGGCAUCGUCAGCCAAAUCAAUGAAAUAAUCAAAGACGGGAAUGUUUCUAUUGGCACGCCACUCCCCGGGAUGUCUGUCCGUGUGUACAACAAUAGCAGCAUGGUGCCAACUCGGCCUGGAGAGGCUGGUGAGAUGCACUUCUCAGGCCCAAGUCUGAUUGAUGGAUAUAUUGGAGGAGCUGAUGGUAACUUCUACAAUGCGGAGGAUGGCCGUGUCUGGUUCCGAACUGGGGACAAAGCUUUCAUUGGUAAUGACAAUCGUCUGUACCUGAUCGGUAGGUACAAAGACACAAUUAUCCGCGGGGGCGAAAAUAUUGAACCAUCAGCAAUCGAAGCGGUUUUGGGUCAGAUUCCCGAAAUCAGUAUCUUUCAACCUCAGAUUGUUCGCGCACCGGACAAUGUUGCCGGAGAUGUUCCUGUUGUUGUUGUGAACCGGGAAGUCGAUGACUUCAUGGCAAAAAAACUUCAAGACUGCGUCAUGGACCGGAUGGGAGAACUUUAUGUUCCGGCAGAUGUCAUAUCUAUACAGGCACUGGGGCAAGACGAAUAUCCGAGAACCAUGGCGGGGAAGGUGCAGAAGGCAAAACUGGAAGAUCUGGUUCGGGCAUACUGGGAGCGCCAAAAUGCACCGGAUGAGUCCAGCAUCGAUGGACCCAUUUCAGGUCCUCAAGUGAUGCAGUCAUUGUGCAAGGCCAUCGAAAGAGAAAAAAGACAUCAAAUUGAUCUCUCUACUCGAAUGGUUGAGCUUGGAGUGGAUUCAAUCUCGUCGAUCGCGAUUCUCAAGCGCGUCCAGAUGGAAACAGGAGUAUCGUUACCAUCAUCUCUGUUCUUCACCCAGGUGACAGCUGGUGCAAUCUGCCAGCAGAUCAGUUCAGUUUCAGACACAGCAGAUUUCUUGAAUUUCUCGCCCAUCAUGGAAGACACACCUAGCGAUAUAUGUCAUUCAAUCCUGCUCCAGGGGACCCCUCGACCAGGCGUUCCAUCCCUCUUCCUUGCCCCUCCAGGCUCGGGAAAUGCUUUCGUGUACAGAACUCUGCCCAAGUUUACCAAUGAUUAUGCAGUCUAUAGCUUCAGCUCGCCGUUCCUGAUGACCAAAUCGGAAUCCUCUUGGACGAUAGAACAAACCGCCACGAUAUACGCAAACACCAUUCUCAGCAUUGAUCCCGAAGGUCCAUAUAUUCUAUGCGGCUGGUCAAUGGGGACUUCAACUGCAUACGAAACCGCAUACCACCUCCACGAACGGGGAAAGAAAGUUCUGGGGAUAAUCAUGCUUGACUUGGGUCUGCCUCGGCCACCCGCCAAGAUCCCGGACGCAACUGUGGAUCUUUUUGAGAUGAUGGGCGUAUUCCCCCCAAUUCGUCAGAAAGGCAAGCCUGACGUGGAGAUUCCAGCUUUUCGCAAGAAGCAUCGAGUCGCAGCUUAUCAUGCGAAAAUGAAAUAUGUCCCUCGUCCCUUCGACGCAAGCGAUGCAAGCCGACCGCGGAUAUUUGUCAUUUGGGCUGGGCAUGGCGAUCAUGACAGAAUGGCAGACAUGGUUCUCGAAGCGACGAAUCUAUUGAAGAAAGAAGGACCGGGGACAAAGAUGCAAAUCAGCCAUGACUGGCUUCAGAUUCCGCGUGAGUCUUUUGAUGCUGGUGGCUGGGAUGAGAUGGUUGGACCAGAGAAUGUGGAGUGGGGUAUUGUUGAGGACGCAGAUCAUGACACGCUUAUCGAGUCAGAAGAACUGGUGGUUUUGACAAAGGGUUUGAUGGAGAAGACAAUUGACAAGUGGGUGCGAGAAAUGAAGUCUACGCCUAAUGGUUCAGGUUGA